AUGGAUUACGAAUCAAGCAUUGAAGAAGAGAAGGCGAAGGCCAUUUCUAGGAAUCGCCGGAUUCAAAAAUUUGCUCGGAUCUGGUGGUUGGUUGAGGUAUUCGUCGCAAUCAUUCUACUACUUUCCUUCCCCUUAAUCAGCCUUCCAAUCUCGACGAACAGUUUCUAUAAUUUCAGUUUCCGGCGAAUAACCGGCAUCAUUCUCAAUCCGCAUAUCAAUUUUAUAGUCGGAAACGCAAUUAUCGUCGUCCUGUUCCUUCUUUCCCGCCAAAACAACGUAGGAGGAAACGAGGUUUCUAAUGAAAGUAAUCUAGAUUCGAAUGAGGAAACUCAAACCGUGUCCAAUGUUGUUGAGAUUGAAACAGAGUUUCCGUCUUGUCCUGCGGCGGCGGCGGUCGUGGUGGAGGAGGAGGAGGAGAAGAUCGUCGACGUGGAAGCUAAAUUAGUGCACUGCGAGGCGGUUACGAACGCGAUUGAGGACGCGACGAAGCAGAUACGGCGUUUCGAGAGGACUCAAUCGGAGAAGUUGAGACGCGAACUGCGGACGAAGCAGAGGGAGAGAUUCCGGCGAUCGGAGAGUGAAAUCGGAGUUAGGAGAAGUAGCCGGGAAGAUGAGUCGUCUUCGUCGUCGUCGGUGAAUGAUUUGAGCAACGAGGAGUUCAGAAGGAAGAUUGAAAAGUUUAUUGAGAAUGAGAAGAAUCAAAUUAGGGCACAGAGAAUUGCAGAGAAGAUCUUUUAA